AUGCGUCCAAUUGUGCUUUCUGGACAUACCCGUCCUCUCAACCAGAUCAAGUUUAAUCGCGAGGGCGAUUUGCUUUUCUCGGUUGCUAAAGACAAUGUCGUCAAUGUGUGGUUCUCGCACAAUGGCGAGCGUCUCGGAACAUACAACGGGCAUAAUGGUGCAGUCUGGUCCGUGGACAUUGAUAUGAGCUCUACGCUUUUGGUGACUGGCUCUGCCGACAACGAAAUGCGCAUUUGGGACGUGCGUACGGGACAGUGUCUCUAUUCGUGGGAGUUUGCUACCGCGGUCAAAUGCGUCGCGUUUAACCGCAACGGAACUGAAAUUCUUUGCAUUACGGAGGAGCGCAUGGGUCACCGUGGUGCACUGCGCGUCUUUAGGAUUAAUCGUGAUCCUGCAUCAUGGACACAGCAAGAAAAAGAGGCGAUCCGUACGGUCACCUUCUCCGGCUCCAAGGCAUCUGUCGCCACGUUUGACGCCCUGGACAGACAUAUUUUGACUGGGCACGAAAAUGGAAAAAUUGCGCUUUAUGCGCACGACAGCGAGUACCCCGAGUCUGGUGUCGACGCCGAGCUAGAGCUCCAGCACACAAUGGCACAUUCGGACCUUGUCACUGACCUGCAACUUGGCUGGGAUAAAACGUAUUUAAUCACGAGCAGCAAAGACAAGCUUUCUAAGCUUAUUGACACUAACACACUGGACGUGAUGAAGACAUAUCCUACAGAUACGCCGCUAAACUCGGCCAUUGCGCAUCCCACGCGGCCCUACGUGAUUGUCGGUGGUGGCCAGGAGGCAAUGAGCGUCACCACUACGAGCUCUCGUCAGGGCAAGUUUGAAUCGCGGUUCUGGCACAAGGUGUUUGAGGAAGAGACUGCCAGGCUACCUGGUCAUUUCGGUCCGAUCAACACACUCGCUAUUCAUCCUACAGGUAACGCGUAUGCUUCGGGUGGUGAAGAUGGCUACGUCCGUGUCAAUUGGUUUGACCCUACCUUCUUUACCUCCAAGCCGUACGGCGGCGAAUUUGAAAUUCCUGACGAGGACCAGUAA